AUGAUUACGGCCCACAUGAACGGCUUUGUCCCGGAAGCCAAGGCAGUCGUGCAGGAGCGGGCCGUGGACUGCCCUGGUGAAGACCUGGACGAGUCUGCUCUGAACCUGGUCAAAUCUCCCCAAUGUACCGCCCACAACGAGAGGAUAAAACACUACCAGGAGGAGCUGAGGAAGAGGAGGCACGAGGAGGGAGGGCCAAAGCAUGACAUCCAUCCUGACGCUUCCCUGCGCCUCAAGAAACUCUCCCAGAACCCGAAAGUGGGCAUUGACAACCCCACGUUCGACAAUAAGGAGAAGGCGGGCAGGGAGAGCACGCACAACAGUCUAACCGACGUGGAAGACUUCGCCGAGUCCCUGAAAUGGGCAGAGCGCUGCCUCAACGACCCCCAGAGCCAGCAGGACACACGGCAGCUCCUGCAGCUUCUGUCCUCAGAGGAGUUCCACAGCGCUUACAGCAUCUACAGCGUGGUGUCCCAGCAGAUGAGCCAUGUCAGCCCCACCUCACCCAUCACUGCGCAGGCCCAGGACCUCUGCCUGGAGGUGCAGAAGAUCCUCCACUCAAACCAAGAGAAAGAAGGUCUCGAGCUGAAGACACUGCUCACAAACCCACACCUACAGGCGCUGAUGCAGGCCCAUGAUGAUGUGGCGGUGCAGGAGCUGCCGGAGGGACAGGUGGUCACACAAUACCUUGGAGAGUCCGUCAAACUGGUCCGAUUGGAGAAGACCCAGGACACACCACUGGGUGCGACGGUGCGUAACGACGUGGACAGCGUGGUGGUGAGCCGUGUGGUGAAAGGCGGGGCGGCCGAGCGCAGUGGCCUCCUCAGCGAAGGAGAUGAAAUCCUGGAGAUCAACGGCAUCCCCAUCAGAGGAAAACAUGUCAACGAAGUCCACGACAUGCUGCAACAAAUGCAUGGGACGCUGACCUUCCUCCUGAUCCCGAGCGCUCAGAUCAAAGCUGCCCCUCACAGACAGACCGUGAUGCAUGUUAAAGCCUUCUUCGACUACGACCCUUCGGACGACCCGUUCGUGCCGUGUCGAGAGCUGGGCCUGUCUUUCCAAAAGGGCGACAUCCUCCACAUCAUCAGCCAGGACGACGCCAACUGGUGGCAGGCCUACAGGGACGGGGACGAGGACAACCAGCCCCUCGCAGGACUGGUGCCAGGAAAGAGCUUCCAGCAGCAGAGGGAGACGCUGAGGAAAACCAUCACAGACAGGACCAGAGAGCACCAGCAAGGGAAAAACUGGUACAGCAAGAAGAGUAAGAAGCAGAAGAAGAAGUGCCUGACCAGCACAAUCAAAACUGAUGGCGACGAAGUCCUGACCUAUGAGGAGAUGUCCUUGUACCACCAGCCGGCCAAUCGGAAGCGACCCAUCGCUCUGAUUGGCCCCAGUAACGGCGGGCACGACGAGCUACGGCGCCGCCUGCUAUCCAUCGAGCCGGAGAAGUACGCUGUCGCUGUUCCACACACCACGCGGAGUCCCAGGAUCCACGAGCGGAACGGCAGAGAGUACCAUUUUGUGAACCGCUCUGCAUUUGAGGCUGAUCUGUCAGCAGGGAAGUUCAUUGAGUCCGGAGAGUACGGGAAGAACCUGUACGGGACCAGCACCGACUCUGUCAGACAUGUGGUCAACUCAGGGAAGAUCUGCCUGCUCUGUCUGCAUACCAGGUCAUUAAAAGUGCUGAGAACCUCCAACCUGAAGCCCUACGUCAUCUACGUGGCUCCUCCAUCCCAGGAGCGACUGCGCACCCUGCUGGCCGCAGAAGGAAAGACACCAAAGCCGGAGGAGCUGAAGGAGGUGCAGGAGAAGGCCCGGGAGAUGGAGCAGAGCUGUGGCCACCUGUUCGACUGCAGCCUGGUGAACGUGGAGCCGGAGCAGUCCUUCUACGAGCUGCAACGCCUCAUCGAGAGACUGGACACGGAGCCACAGUGGGUGCCCACCUCCUGGCUCUGCUAG